GGCGGGGAGCGGGGCCAGCGGGCGCGGAUGCCCCCCGCCACGCCUCCCGCCCGGGCGAGGGGGAGCCGCGGGUUUCGUAACCGCCCGCCCGGCCUGGCCCCGCCGCGCACGGCUGGUGCGGGCAGAGCGAGCAGCCUCCUCCGGGCAGAGCAGCCGCCGCUCCCCGGCUCCGCUGCUGCUCGGUCCCCCCGCGGGGAGGGCGAAGCCAAGGCGCGGUGCGAGGUCCAGGUGAUCCACUGAAACGUGCGCGGGGCUGCUCGGUGCCCGCUGCCUCCCGGGAGGUUACUUUGAAACCCGGCGCCUGCACCGAUCGCAUCGACGUGAUUCGGGGCGGAGAAGGGUUCUCCUUGGGCUUCGCGAGCAAAUGCUUGGGAGCCUGUUUUCUUCCUUCCACCACGGUAGAUCUGUUAACAUCGGUGACUACAGCUUCAAGUUGCUUGUCCAGGUACUGAAAGGUUCAGGCUGGAGGUUUUCCUGCCCUCUCCAUAGCCACUGCCUGGCACUGCCCUGAGAAGAAGCAGCAGCAGGAACGCAGGCGCUGCCCUGAGGAGAAGCAGUGGGAAGGCAGGAGCCUCUCCUUGGCUGUAGGGCGCCAGGGUGAGACUUGUCGUGAGGCGCGCUGUGCUGCCCUGUGCCAGCCACCAUGGAGACCCUGUCCCAGGACUCUCUGCUGGAGUGCCAGAUUUGCUUCAACUACUACAGCCCGCGCCGGCGGCCCAAGCUGCUGGACUGCAAGCACACAUGCUGCUCCGUGUGCCUGCAGCAGAUGAGGACCAGCCAGAAGGACCUGCGUUGCCCUUGGUGCCGUGGGAUCACCAAGCUGCCGCCAGGGUAUUCUGUGUCGCAGCUGCCCGAUGAUCCCGAGGUGAUCGCUGUCAUUGCAAUCCCCCACACCUCUGAGCACACCCCUGUCUUCAUCAAACUCCCCAGCAAUGGGUGCUACAUGCUGCCAUUGCCCCUCUCCAAGGAGAGGGCACUACUGCCUGGAGACAUUGGCUGCCGCCUCCUGCCUGGCAGCCAGCAGAAGUCCCUGGCGGUGGUGACCAUCCCGGCAGAGCAGCAGCCACUUCAGGGCAGCCUUCCCACUGAGGGGGGAACAGAGGAGCCGGACCGGAGAGGUGUUGUGAAAAGCUCCACCUGGUCAGGGGUUUGCACUGUGAUCCUGGUGGCCUGUGUCCUAGUCUUUCUGCUGGGCAUCGUCCUCCACAACAUGUCGUGCAUUUCCAAGCGCUUCACAGUGAUCUCCUGUGGCUGAGGCGGGGAGGAGUGUGUGUUCCUUGGGGGUUGGGUUGGUGGUGGUGGUGGUGGUGGUAUGGAGUGAGACAAUUCAGUGCAGCUUUGCCCAAUGACUGCAGAACGCUGUGCACCGGGGCAGUGGUGUGCCGGCCUGGCCACAGCCCCCGUUAGUGUGGCGUCAGGCUUCUUGGCAGCGUGCGGAGAAAAUCACGUCCCGUGUCUGGCGGCAGCGGUACUGAGGAGGACUGCAUGCGUCACCAUAAUCAUUUAUCAAAGGGACUGCAACUUACAGUGAUUUUUUUUUUUUUUUUUAUCGUGUUAUGAGAUUAAAGACAUCUAUGUAGCUGGUUAUACUGUAAAGUAUAUGGAAUGAGCUCUACUCUAAACACAGUAGAUUAAAAUCAAAACUGCUCCAUGUAGAAUUAAAAGAGAAUUGGUGCGUGACUCUGUACAAGGUGUUCAAUACCAGUCCACACAUGCAUUAUUUUUUAAUGGGGGGAGGGAAUGAGACUUGUAAAACCAAGAAAUCACUUAGCUGGUAAGGCAUUUUGUAUGUUUUAAACUGCACACUAAUUAAACCAAGUUAGGGAGUUGUACAAUAGUUUUUAAAUGGAAACGUUUUGCAAGCAAUCAUUUUGUUCUGUGGUUUGUGUUUUUUGCCUCUUUCCACCCCCCCUUUUUUUUUUCCAACUACAGGGAAGUGGCACUUCCAGCAUCUUUUAUUUGAAGGAGCCAUUAGUGGAGAAAUGGGUCAUGAGAAGUCCUAGGACUCCUCCUGAAAGGUUGUAAUAGCAAAUUGCUCUGUUUCUUCUUCUAAAGCUUAGGUUUUCCUAAUUGUUUUUAAAGCAUUCAGACCUAUUUUGCCUCCCUCUUUCCUAGGAGAUGCAACUGUGCACCCAUGGACAGUAUGACAGAGGAUUUCCUCUAAGGGAGCCUCACCACCCCAACACACCAAGGACAUUUAUACGCAAUCAAGUAGUAAGAGGCUGUGAUAUAGUAGAGAGGAGAACUCAUGGCAACCUAACCCCCUACUGGGUGGGCUCUCCUCCUACAUCACUGUGGCUGUCCUGAUAUCAAAAUAUCUAGAUGAGCAUAAUGGAGCCUUUUCCCACAUUUCAGUGUUAUAAAUGUUGGGGUUCAUAAGGACAGAUUUGAAAAAAACCCCACAGGAAUUGUCUUCCUCCACUCAUGAGUGUCAUGAAACCCCAGUCAUUUGCAGUUCACUUCCUGGAAAGAGCCAAAUUCUUGAACCUUUGCUGCAGUAGCGCCUUGCUCUAACCAGUCCCAAUAGCUUUAGUAGUUCAUAAGUAAAAUAGACCUCAGUGUGAAUUUUGAUAUUUAGCAAAGCUGAAAUUUGUGUGAGAUUUAGGGGUUGGAUCAAGGGGCAUAUGACAGACCUUUAAUAAGACAGAAAAAUCUAUUGAUUUGCACUGCUGCUUUUUGCAGGUACAAAGUGUAACCUCCCUGAAGUGUAACCUCUUGUCAUUUGCCUACUGCUCUUUCUAGUAAUUAACUAGAGAUUGCUCAGUGCCAUAUUAUAACACUAGAGAACAUAAUUUUGACCAUGCAGUGCUCAAGUUGGCCCUGUAGACAUUGGUGGUUUCCUGCUUAUAUCACAAAAUCCAGUUGCUGGUUCACAAUAAACAUUCCUAGCUAGGACUCCUGUCAGGAACAUACCUCUAUCUUCACGCUGGAUUUCUUCCCCUCCCUGUUCCCAAACUACAAUUUUCUUCCUUGAUUUCAGUCAACUGAAAAACAGCAUAUAUGGUGCUUAAUUGUUAUGGUGUGUGUUGGGUCGUGUAUGGAGAGGAACCAUUGUGCUGAUUUUUAUCUACUGUCAUAGGCAUGCAUAGCACAGCAAAAAAAAAUCCUCAGAUAACACAUUCAAUGCCUUUUCUGUGCAAGGCCCAUGUGCAGUAUGCCUUGAACUUGGCUUACAAGAGUUAUAAUUACAUGGACACCUCUCCACAGCAUGUUGAUUUGGUUGCAGUGGGGAACAACAGGUAUUCCAAAAUGUGUAUUGUGAACAUGCUAGUCUCAUGUUGCCAGUAGGAAGCCAGAUUUCUAUGACAUCCACACUAUGCUGCUUAUUGUGUAACGGAAAGCCAGUUCACAAAAAAAUCUUGCCUUUCUAAGACUCUUGAGGAAGUGAUCGGAUACGGGACUCAACCCUCUACUGCCUUAUCCCCUGUAACAAUUGCCAGGUGUACCAGGGCGUACAGCAUAGCUGGAAAAUGCUCUGAGAACAGCACUGAUGCAUUUCGCACUGGCUUCUGUGUUUGCUUAUCCAAGUUGUCUGUGGCCAUGAGGCAGUCAAAGAGCAGGUCCUGGAGAUACAGUGCUGAUAUUGUUAACCUCCUUCUGGCCAUACCUGCCCAACUGAAGCUCUUGAGGCUGAGGUUUGUCUGGCAUUGCAAAGAACAGCUGUCUUGAAAAGCACCCAUUCUGUUCCUACAUGGAGGGUGCAGUAUGAAAGAAAAAUCAGAAAUUAGGUUAAAAUACUACUCUGCAUAACACAUUAUGCAACAGGCAGACCUGGAGUUUAUCCGGUAUUAAUAAGUAUUAUAUUGGACAGAAUACCAUCCUGUAUUACUUACACAGUACAUUGUUUCAUUAAUAUGAAUUUCCUGUACUUUCUUGCCUGCUGAAAUGCAUGUUUGACCUAAUUUCUGAUCCAGACAUUUGCCUGCUCACAGCCUUGUGUAAGAGCAAUAAGUAAAACCUCAAGAUUUUUGCCUGCGUGUGCACGCAUGGUGUGUAUGUUCAUCCCUUUUUAUAAAUAGGAGUUCCAGAGAUGUUUUUGCUCUGGCAUUAGACUGUGACUAUCAUUUUAAAUUUGCAGCUGCCAUAUCAUGUUGGAUCACCUAGCUUUAUUGCUGACUUGUGUAGAAGUGAACUAAAUAGUUUGUUGUAAUGUACAGUGUUAAAAUGUUUCUCAAGUAUGUCGAUAGUCAUACUACUUUAAAAAUGCAGUGCAGUCUGUCCCAUUCCUUGGUCCAAUACCUGACAUUUAAAAAAGUGAUACUGCUAUAUACGCCUCUAACUUUUUUUUUUUUAAAAACAGCCUCAUCUUUGUAAUUUUUCUCCAUGGAAAAAUGCAUUUGGAUUUGUAUCAAAAUCACCACGUUCUGGGCUAGUUUUUGUUCUGUGGUGUCCAGUAAGAAAUCACUGCCCAAUUCCACAAUAAAAAAAAAAGAAAGAAACUUACUAUGACACAGUGCUAUUCAAGCAACCAAAAUUUAUGCUAAAACUUGUGGGUAAUUACUUAAGCACCUGCAUUUUUAGAGCAAAUUACUCUGUAUGAAUGUGUAUUUAUUUGCUUGUUUAAUGGGAAGAAUGUGUGUGUUGGGGUCCAGCUUCAUUUUAUUUUCUAGAGGGCCCCAACUUCCAUUUUUGGCUUGUGCUUUGCUGGCAAACAGACUUUAGGGUUCACUCUGUGAAAUUUUGUUUAGUGAAUUUUAAAAAUUCAAAAUAUGCAAUUUUGGUAUGUGGGAUUUUUUUAGGAAAUCUUGUGUUCCGUGAUUGUUCAUGCUUAACCAAGAUGUAAAGGAGAUUGGAUGUUUUGUAAACAUGGAGCAAUCAUGAGUUCAAAGUUUCAUCUUUAUUAAUGAAGCUCAGUCUGAAUAAAACAUUAGCAGGAAAAGAAUGAUAUGAAGUGAAUUAUGGUACCUCUGUUACUUUGCCAUCAACUAAAAAUGGAAACAUCUUCAAAAGAACACUUGUAAGGCAAAGUAUUAAGUGUGGGUUGUGGUAAAUAGUAAAAGGUUGUUCCUCUUUCAGUUACUUUAGAAUACAGUUAUAGCUGAUGACAACUGAGCCACAAAACUUCUUUUCUCUUUUUUUUCUGUUUUAAACAGGUGACUUAGAAGUUAUAAGUAAACUUUUCACUUAUGGAGGUGAGGGAUUCUUGGCCUUAAGUAUGUAUUGUACAGACUGGCACACCAGCUUCCUUUUCCCCUUGAGCCCACCUUCCCAGUCAUGUUGUUAUUGCUGGAGCCCUGGGCAGCCAACCCUUUUGCAAUACCGCAGAUGCUUUUCUGGAGUAGAGGUGGCUGAUGUUGCACUGGUUUUUUUACAUUUACAACAGGGCUAAACCAAACCCAAAUAAUUCAUACAUGGUUUGAGCUCUUCUGUGGGUGUCCUUGUAUCAAAAGCUUCAGGCAUUAGUCUGCUGUGUCCAAGCCUCUAUGUUCCCUGGAUCUUUUCACAGAAAUGCCAUGUCACAGAGGAUGUUGCCUUUUCCCAAUCAUAGAGAGGGACUGUACCCAUCAUCCACAGCUAAAUUGCCCCCAGGCAAUGUGCCCUGCUGGCAUGAGUCACUUGUGUGAGUACUGCAGGAGACAUUCACUUGUCAAGUGAACGCAUCUGAAGUAAAUAUUAGAAUUGAAAUGCUUCCUUAUUCAAGUUGCACAGAAAGCUUGGCUUGAGAUUUGUUUUUUCCAGGCUUUUUCUAUAGGCAGAGGGGGAGGGAGGGAAGAAGGUACAUUACAGCAAAUGAGUCCCAGCAUCAUCUGGGAGGCUGCUGAAGAAUCUGCCUGCCCUGAAGGUAAAGAUUUUCGUGCAAGAGCUUUGGUAGGACAGCAUUGUCUGGAAAUGCUGCAAUGGAUUUACGGCAUGUUGGUGACCUUUCUGGUGCUGUACACUGUCUGUAGGCCUGACAGCUUGGGCUGUUGUGUUCUUUCUCUUUGUCACUUUACCUCUUGUGUGCUCGUGUCAACAAGCGAAGCUGCUUGCUUCAUCCUCAAGUUGAAUGAUUUCACAGUCGUUUCUUAAGUUGCCCCAAGCAUCUCUUAUGAAAAAAUUACCUUCCAAGUUCAGUGAAAUUUAAUGCUUAAUAAAUGUUCAGAAAAUGCA